AAAGCCUGAUACCUUGUCUGACCCCCCUCUGAACCCUUAUUGCAACCCAGUGAAUAUAUCGCCGAAUAUCACACUCUUCUUUCUUCUUCUCUUUUCUUCUUCUUUCCUUGCUCCGAUCUUGGCCGAUGUGCAGCAAGAGAUAGAUAAGCUGUGCAACACUUCAGAAAAGUUGUUUCUUCCGAGGUUCAGGCAGUCAAAGUGGCGUUCAUCGUGUCCUUGCAGAGGCACCACCAGAACAGACUCCAUGAUUCAAUAACACACCGCCCCGCCCCCUUCCCAUCCGCAAGCCACUGCCUGUCGGUCUUGCGCAAGAGCAAGGACGACUUCGGAGUGACCUGAGAGCAAGGUUCUCACGCUGAUAUCGACUAGGUUACUGUCUUCGAACUCCAUUUUUCUCUGGGGCGAAGACGGCCAGAGCCAAUAUGCCGACUCUUGCGUUGACCAACUUCAACAUUGUUGUCUCCGUUCUGGGAGGAUGGAUCUCAGUAUUUGGGCUUGUGAGCUACCUGAUGAAGGAGAACUUCUAUCUCUCGGAGGCCUUGAUAUCACUCUUGGCCGGAGUUGCGUUCUCGCCUCGUGCUGCGAACCUCAUACGGCCUCUUGACUACGCUGGCUCCUCAGCAAGUCUCGAUGCCAUCACCCUCUACUUCUCGCGCCUCGUCCUCGGUGUGCAGCUUGUACUCGCUGGCGUACAGCUCCCUAGCCGCUACCUCAAGGCCCAAUGGCGCCCACUCUCCAUCCUGCUCGGCCCUAUUAUGGCGUGCAUGUGGAUCACCACCUCCCUUCUCAUCUGGGGUCUCGUGCCCAACCUGCCCUUCCUUCACGCGCUGGCCAUUGGUUCCUGCCUGACACCCACGGAUCCUAUUCUGUCCAACGUCAUCGUCAAGGGAAAGUACGCAGACCACAACGUUCCCAAAGACCUGCAGAAGAUCAUCAUUGCCGAGUCUGGUGCGAAUGAUGGGUUCGGUUAUCCAUUCUCGUUUCUGGCACUGUACCUCAUCAAGUAUGUCGGUACGGGGUCGGGAGUGGCCGGUCAACAAGGAGGGGCAAGCGCGGCAAUGGGCAUGUGGUUUGGAGAGACAUGGGGUUAUACGAUCCUCUUGAGCGUGGUCUACGGUUUCGCUGUGGGCUGGAUCGCCAAGGAGCUUUUGCAUUGGGCCGAGGAACGCAAAUACGUUGACCGGGAGAGUUUUCUAGUGUUUGCUUUCUCGCUUGCGCUCUUCAUCAUUGGAACCUGCGGCAUGAUUGGCAGCGAUGAUGUCCUCGCGUGCUUCAUUGCUGGCAACUCCUUUACUUGGGACGAUUGGUUCCGCCUCGAGACCAUCGACGACUCUCUGCAGCCCACUAUCGACAUGCUCCUCAACGUCACCAUCUUCAUGUGGUAUGGUGCCGUAUGCCCCUGGGAUAUGUUUCGAGAGAAUUCGGUCAUUCCUCUGUAUCGCCUGGUGCCUCUUGGCAUCCUGAUCCUACUGGUCCGGAGACUCCCUUGGAUACUGGCCAUCCACAAGAAGAUCCCACAGAUUGAACAUCUUCGCCAGGCUAUAUUCGUUGGUUUUUUUGGACCGAUGGGCGUGUCGGCAAUCUUUUACUUAUACAUCACCAAUGAGUUCCUGGACACGCUCAAGGACGAGAACGGGGAUCUCAGAAGUGAUGUGGCAAAGUUGCCAGAGGCGGUGCUAGUCGUGGUUUGGUUCGCGUGUAUCUGCAGUGCGGUCGUCCAUGGUCUCAGCAUUCCCCUUGGGAAGCUAGGCUACUAUCUGCCCCAGACGAUCUCUCGCGCUGUGACGGACGAACCAGAGACAGGCGGCGGUGCGUUCCACAUCCGCAGCCGAGUCAGCAGCAGUGGUCUCCGCCUUCCUACCUUUGUAUCCAUGUCACGCCACAACUCAGACGAGCAGACCCGUGUCACGGGGCCCCGCAGCGCUGGUACGUCGAGGGCGAACUCAGUGCGGCCUGUGUGGAGGAUCGGUGGGAGUGUCAUCCCUUCCAAGAAGUCUGGAGCAGAAGGAGAGCAGGGAACUACUCUCGGGGAAGGCGCCCGUGCUGGUGAGGAUGGAGGGAGUGGAUCGGGUAAAGCGCCGGCUUUUGACCCGGGUGAUCGAACUAUUCGGUUCCCUGAUGAGACUCACAAAGGCGCCGUUGGUGUUGGACAAGGGAGCGCAGAGGAUGCUGAGCUUUCUGCACCCGGCAUCCCUUCUCCUUCUUCUUCUUCUUCUUCUUCUCCUCCUCCUCGUACCGACUGACAACGGCCCGCGCGGUGUGGUACUUUUGACGUGCGUGGCGGGAUGUGUGCUGCAGGUUUUUUUUUUGGGGGGGGGGGGGUUCUUUUCCAAAAUUUUUUCCCCAACAGGGCAUGCUGUGGGAAGUCGUUUUCGGCUCACCGACCAGAUGGAUUUCUCCUCCACCGUCUCCUCUCUUUUUAAACAUAUUCCCCCAGAGGCGUCUGCCUAUGCACAUGAGUAUCGCCUCAGACAAACCCUGCAGAUUAGAUGUGCGGACUGACCUGAUUCUAUCAAGAAGGGAGUGGAUUAUAAGCACAUAUUUACGCAAGUGGACAUGAAAUAUUCGACUCUAUAAAUUGUGCGUUCAUAUAGAAUCAACAGGUGAUUAUUGCAGUGUACCAUCAGCCUC